UUAUUUUUAAGUUUAUAUGGAGGUGAUUAAUAACAGAGUCUUGAACAAAACUAUUAUAGAGCGAGAUCUGUACUUUGGAAAGGGGAAUGAAAGAGUAUGAGAAGGUUUUCCUCCCUAGCUUCAAGGGCUUCUUUCACCAAUCUCUCUAAACAAAACCAUAAUUCCCUCACACCAAAAACUUCAAAUCUUGCCACCACUAGCAACCCCAGCACUGAACAAAGGAAUUCCAACACUUCAACCGCAGCUAAAAAAGGACACUUUAUUGACCAUGAGUAUUUUACCCAGAUUCUUGCAAGAAAAGACUGGUAUUUAUUGCUAAACCAUGAGUAUAAAGCCAAGAGGGUUACUUUGAAUCAACAAGCAGUUGUUAGUAUUUUGCAAAAUCAAGAAAACCCGUUACACCCUUUGAGAUUUUAUGUUUGGGUUUUGAAUAUUUGCCCCUCUUUUUCCAAGAAUCAAUCAGUUAAAGGGGUUUUAGGUAAUGUACUUUAUAGAAAAGGUCCACUUUUGUUGUCAGCUGAGCUAGUUCUCGAUAUCAAGAAUUCUGGAAAUGUAGUUACUGUUGACUUGCUUUGUGUUUUGAUUGGUAGUUGGGGGAGAUUAGGGUUAGGGAAGUAUUGUGCUGACAUUUUAGAGCAAGUUUCUUAUUUGGGGCUUGCUCCUAGUGCUAGGUUGUAUAAUGCGGUAAUCGAUGCGUUGAUCAAGUGCAACUCACUUGACUUAGCUUAUUUAAAGUUUCAGCAAAUGCAGGUCGAUAACUGUAAUCCGGAUAGGUUUACGUAUAAUAUUCUCAUUCAUGGAGUUUGUAAGGCUGGGGUUGUGGAGGAGGCGCUCCGUCUGGUGAAACAUAUGGAGGGGGUGGGGUACUCUCCCAAUGUGUUUACUUACACAAUUUUGGUUGAGGGGUUUUGUAAUGCUAAAAGGGUGGACGAGGCAUUUGAGCUCUUCGGUGUAAUGAAGAGUAGGGGUGUUGUUCCGAAUGAAGCUACUGUAAGAUCAUUGGUUAAUGGGGUAUUUCGCUGUAUGCCACCAGAUAAGGCCUUUGAAUUGUUAUUUAGGUGGUUAGAGAAAGAAACUGUCUUGCCUAAUGUAGCUUGUUCUUCCAUGCUACAUUGCCUUAGUACUAAUCUUUUGCCAAGAGAAGCAGCUCAACUUUUAAGAAUAUCAAUUGAUAGAGGUUACUCACUGGAUAACUCAACUCUUAACAUUGUACUUACUUGUUUAAUCAAAGGAUUAGAGCUUGAUGAUAUUUGUCGGAUGUUAGACUUCAUCACUGUUCGAGGGGUGAAGGUUAGUGUUGAUAUUUAUCUUGCACUUGCUGAUGCUCUUUAUAAAGCAGGGAGAGUAGAACAGGGGAACGGAUAUUUGGACCAGAUGUUUAAGGAUGGUCUUGUAUCUAACACAUUCUUUUAUAACCGGGUCAUUGAUUGCUUUUGCAAAAUCAAAAUGAUGGACAAAGCAUCAGAAGCUUUCAAAGAUAUGCUUCAGAGAGGUGUCACUCCCAAUGUUGUAACUUUUAACACACUUAUUACUGGAUAUGCCAAGGUAGGAGAGGUUAAGAAGGUACAUGAGCUACUAGUCAUGCUACUGGAACAUGGUUUUCGACCAGACAUUUUUACGUUUAGUUCACUGAUUGAUAGCCUUUGUAGAGUUAACCGGAUUGACGAUGCGUUAGACUGUUUCACAGAGAUGGUAGAAUGGGGAGUUGCUCCAAACGCUGUUACGUACAAUAUCUUAAUUCGUGCACUUUGUGUCAUCGGGGAUGUUGGUAGAUCACUGAAAUUAUUAAGAAAAAUGCAAGGUGAUGGAAUAAAGGCAGAUGUUUUCUCCUUCAAUGCCUUAAUUCAAAGUUUUUGUAGGAUGAAUAAGAUUGAUGAGGCACAACGGCUUCUGCUAAGCAUGUUGACACUAGAUUUGAACCCUGAUAAUCAUACUUAUGGUGCUUUUAUCAGAGCCUUAUGUAACUCUAGGAGAUUUGAUGAAGCCAAGAACUUGUUUUUCUCAAUGAAAGCAAAUGGAUGCAUCCCCGACGUUUUGACAUGUAAAUUAUAUAUUGAUUCAAUUAUCCAAUCAGGUCGUACUGAAGAAGCUCAGGAUGUUUUAAGGGAGUGCAUAAAAAGGGGAAUGCUAUCGGAACCCGUUACUUCUUCGUAGUAUCUUUGAUUUAGGAUUGAUUAUCCCUUAAUGCUCCCAAGCUACGUUGCUUGUUAGCGAAUCAUGAACAUAAACCUGCUCUCUUGAUUCAUCAGGCUGGGUUAUGCUCUAUAUUAUUGAAGCCAAAUGCACUAUAGAGACCGACAGUGAGGCUUCAGUGUUCGAAUCUGACAGUGAGGCUCCAUCAGUCACAGGGUCAUAUUAUUCUUCUGGGGAGAGUGACUCAAGUGAUAGUUCUUCAACUUAUUCAGAGUAAGAGGAAGAAGAAGAAGCAGUAGCAGAAGAAGAGAAGACACCCGAAAUACUGCUCAACAUCUGAGCCCUCUGAUUUGUACUCAGAUUCCAGGUCUGAUUCUGAAGAGCGGACUAGCCGUAAGAAAAGCAGCAGGAGGCAUAACAGAAAGCAGCAGGAGGCAUAACAGAAAGCAGUGAAGCAUUGAACAAGAUGAGAACUCCAUAUGUGGAAGGGAAUGAGCUGAGAAAGCUAGCAACAUUCCAGCUAUCUUUAGAUCUAAAAGAAUUGUUACUACUUGUUUCUCUGUGGGAUCAGGAAUAACUAUCUUGGUGCUUUGCAUUAAACACCUCUUUUGAUCUUAAGAAAUGUGAUUUUCUUUUCAAGGGCCUAACUUAAGGGAAAAGAAGGAAGUUACUGGCAUGGUCUUAUCAAUGACAAAGUCUAAACUGAUAUUUCUACCCGUUAUAGAUACUUCGCUGUGCAUAUGAAGAUGGAGCUCCUUGUUUAGGUCUCAUACAUUAAACCUGGGUGUGUAUUGGUAAAAAUAUUUUUCCUGUCUUCUUACAUGUUUGUGUGUUCAUGCAGCUUCUGGCUGCUGUGGCGAAGUUUUUCUCUUCUUUCCUUUCAGCAUCUAUGGUCACAAAAGUAUCAACAUUCUGUUCUAAGUUGGCCAUUUUGGGUUAGGAUGGUUGUUCUUUUGGGGUUUAAAUGAAAUGUACAAUGGCAGAAGUUCAAUCACCCCUCAGUGCUCAACCGAGCAGACUAGGAAAAGGAAGGAUCACUUAGAAGUGAUGCUGUCCCGUCUUUCACAAUUCCAAAAAUGGAAGCUGGGUUUGGUCUUUAACAAUUCCAAAAUGGAAGUUGUCCCAUCUCAUUAUUUCUGUCCUCCAGGCUAAGCAAUCAUCAAGACACAGCCCUCUGUAUCAAUGUAUUUCUGUCACCAAUGCUUGUAUGAGGAAUUUGUGUUACUAAAUGCUUGUAUUGAGAAAUCGUAGCAAUGGCAAAUUGUCAGUUUAUUCCGUCACAUAUACUAUUUCGCAAAUGUGAACACUUCGAGAUGAAUUCUUGAUAUGCUUAUCUAAAGAAUGAAUGUAGGUCUUCACACC